AUGGUGUUCCAUGGCUUCCAAACAGGUGUCACGUGCUUCGUCGAGGGGACAUCCUUCACAACAUGGUCCUUCGCUUUGCAACUAUUGGCAUUUCCAGCUUUCGUUGCUCUGACCAGCCUGCCAGCAGUAGCGGUGAAAAUUUGGAGAGGCAUCAACCUAUUCAGUGUCCUUUUCAGCAUCUACGGCCUGAUCCUUGUGGCUCUCUUGACAGCGAUCUCAAUUGUUGUAGUCACGCCCCUGAAGUGCAUGAAGAACCCCAAUCUCACCUACACCCUCGAGGCCCACCCGCAGGUGAUAUGCUGGAACUCGCAAGAGCACGAGACGCUUGUAAUACUGACAGCGAUCGGCGUUUUGGUCUACCCCGUGACCAUCCUCAGCUUGCUGCUAUGGGCUACCUACAAGUAUCCUCGCUGGCUUCGCUCGGACAGAGGAGUUGAAACUUUGCACCGUUUUAACUUCUUGUUUGGCCGCUUCCGGCCUGAAAGAUAUCAAUGCUGCCUGAUGUUUACGGUCAUGAACUUCCUCAUCGCUAUCACACCGGUAUGCUUGCCAACUGCUCCUCAGAUUGUCGCCAUGUGCAUCCUUCUCUGGGUCAAGCAAGUGGUACACUGUUUGUGGUGGCCUUGGAAAUUCGAAGCAGCCAACUGGAGUGAACUUGUGUUGUCUGGUUGCACUGUGCUCUUCUUCAACUUGGCAACGCCGUUGCUGGACUCGGAGGACAAUGGCACUGAUACCCAACUCUCGAUUUUAUUGGUGAUAAUUUUUCUUGGCUUGCCAGUGUGCUUCGUGGGGGCUGCCAUUUUUGCGGUCUUAUCCAUGCGCAAAGGAUCAAGCAGGUACACGUUAUUCCUGUCUCAUCACAAGGCGUCCACGUGUACGCUUUGUCGGUACAUCAAGGUGGUGGUUGCAAAGCUGGCGCCGGCCUUUCAUGUGUUUUAUGAUGCAGAUAACCUUCGCGAUCUGGAUUCGUUGUUUGGCAUCGUGAAGAACGAUGUGGACUUUUUUUUGGCCGUACUGAGUGCCAACGUGUUCAGCAGCUUCUGGUGCAUUGCAGAAAUGACUACAGCAUUCGCAAACAAAGUGCCGAUGCUUGUGCUAUGUUGUGACGACCUUCCGUAUGUUGGCGACAAGUUUAUGGAUCUGUCUACAAGCAGCUGGCCCGAAGAGCAGCUUGUUCUGUUGCACAGCCAUGGCUUGUCCUUGGAGGACGUACAGGCGGCUGUGGCUCACGUGCUGAAUCUUCCACACGUACAGCUCCUUCGAAAUGGCAGCGCCUCUCAGCACGAGGCCUCCAUCAUCAAAGUGUUGCAGAAUGUCAGCGGAUGUCCAGUUCUCGAAGAGCCCUAUGAGGGUUCUGUGGAAAGAGCUCGACUCCUGGUGUGCGGAGGUGCUCAGCCAGAAGCCAUCUCCUCCAUGCUUGUCAUGCAGCAGCUUUUGCAAAGCAAGCUUCAAGUUCCUUGUUACGUCGUUCGGCAUGCGGCAGAGAUCGGGCUGUCGAAGAAAGCCACACGGCUAGUGGUUGUCCUUACCCAAGGGCUCUUUGCCGAAGAGGAAUUCGCUGAACUUGUCCGUUCUACGGAUAUGGACAACUGGGCAAAAGUGGUUGUCAAUGAUGGUUCCUUCGAUUUCCCUACGCCCAACGUCUAUCGGGACCUGCAGUGUCCAGAUCUUUCGGCUGCAUACAAGAGCCUGUGUAGCUCUUUGGCGCUGCCGUUUACACCGCAUCUCUCUGAAACACUCCUGCACCAGCAGAUGGAGCAUAUUUGCACAAGGCCCAAAGGGUUCAAAUAA